GUUCUAGUGAUUCUGUCUGGGAAAGAGGGCAGGGGUAUUUUGGAGGGAAAGAAAUCUUCAAAAGACACGAGAAAGUGGGAACAAUUAUCAAGUAUUAUUUUGAGAAAAUGAUAGAGGAUCUAAACGAGACCGUUGUAUUGGGGUGGUGUGAUGUGUCUGCUGCAGGAUGUCGUUCAGUUCUUGGAUGUGAAAAGGAUUACAUGAAAUUUGAGUUGGGUGAAAAGCACUUGGAUAUGGCUGGAUUGGAUGAGCAAAUUACUUCUAACAAAGAGACUGUUCCAGUUUUAAGCAGAAUAGAGCUUGGAAGAGAGAAGGUUUCUCUGGUGGCUCUUUCAUCUCAAACAAGUGUUGGUGGUUGUGCACAUUUUGUAAAUGGCAUUUUUGACAAAGUCCUAGAAAGCAAAACAAAGGAAGUAAUUGUUGUUGCUGCUGUCAACAUAAAAGUAAAGAAUGUCCAAGAAACAGAUGUUUUCCAAAUUUCCGUGAACUGCAAUAAAGUUCCAAAUGCCCCAGUACUUGAAGAUCAAAUACUUAUAAAAGACUGUAUGCUGAAUACAAUCAUACAGUUUGCAAAGGUUGAGAAAAUCCCCCUGAGAUGCUUCAUAACUCAAGGAUACAAAGUGAAUGCCAAGAAACCAAAUUCUUUGGACGGCUCAGAACAGAGUAUCAGAAAUAUUCAAAAGAUUUUGAGUUCUUUAUAUGGAAUAAAAUUCAGUGAAGAAAAAACUGCCGCUUUGGAAUUUGAAGAAAAUGAAAUCGGAAAAGAAACAGUGAAUAUAAUGUAUUUAUAAAGUUAGUAACAUCUGUUUACAAGAGGCUGUCUAAAUGUAUAAAUUUACAAAUACCUAAGAAAAUGGUUGGCAUAAGCUAACUUUUGUAUUGAAAUCUAAUAGUUAAGAAUUUCUUUCAAAUUUUUUCUUAACCGAUCUAAAAGGUUUUGAUUGUCAUUCAUUAUUAUACGCAAAAACUUUCAAGGUGUUAAAAUCGUAAGAAUAUGACAACAACAUGUCCUUCAUGGGGACUUUUGACGCUGUUUCAUUGUCAACAACACAAUUUGUCUCCAUUUUGCUGUCACUUGUCACUGGUCACUUGUCACUGAAUUUAAUGUUUCAUAUAAGCACUCAA